AUGACUUCCUCCUCCCAACCCACCGCCUCAACAUCAUCAUCCGCCUCGAUGGCACGCGCCACGUUUGAGCUCAACAACGACAUUAUCCCCCUCUCCGCGUCCACACUCGAUUCCAUCUUUGCCUAUGACAACGAAGCGCAGCGCGCGAUCCUACGCUCGCAACCGUGGAAGACGGAUGCGCACUUUUUCACAAAGGUGCGCAUCUCGGCCGUAGCGCUUAUCAAGAUGGUGAUGCACGCGCGGUCGGGGGGUAUCUACGAGAUCAUGGGUCUGAUGCAGGGCAAGAUCGAUGUGGCGAAUCGGACGUUGUAUGUGAUGGACAGUUUUGCGCUGCCGGUCGAGGGGACGGAAACGCGGGUCAACGCGCAGAACGAGGCAUACGAGUACAUGGUGCAGUAUCUGGACCAUUCCAAGGAGGUGGGUCGUCUGGAGAACGUGGUCGGGUGGUACCAUAGCCACCCUGGGUACGGAUGCUGGCUGAGCGGGAUCGACGUCAACACGCAACGCACCAACCAGCAGUUCCAAGACCCCUUUGUUGCGAUUGUCAUCGACCCAAACCGCACCAUCUCGUCGGGCAAAGUAGACAUCGGUGCCUUCCGCACCUUUCCCGAAAACUAUACGCCCCCCACCACCACCGCCACCACCUCUUCUUCCACAGAGGGCGGAGAGUACCAGAGCAUCCCGCUCAACAAGAUCGAGGACUUUGGCGUCCACGCCGACCAAUACUACCCGCUUGAGGUUGAGCAUUUCAAGAGCAGUCUCGACGCCAAACUGCUCGAUCUGUUGUGGAACAAGUACUGGCAGACCACGCUCUCGCAGUCGCCACUCGUAUCGAAUCGCGCAUACACCACCGCGCAGGUCAAAGACCUGGCCGAGAAGCUCGCCCAGACCAACGCCGCCGUCGUGGGCAGGCAGAGCGUGUCGAGUGUGCCCUUUGCCCCCGCGGCCGCGGCGAGUGCAGCUCAAGCGCAGUCGGACGCAGACAAGGGCAAAGCCAAGGACGCACCGCACACAUCAUCCGCAGCCGCUCCACCACCACCGCCACCACCACCAGCAGCAGCGGCGGCGGCGGCAGCGGCAAGCGCAUCAACGCUCGUAGACGACCUCAGCAAGCGCGCAAAGACAUCCACUCUCUCUCGCGCUGCCAACGACGCAAGCAAGCUCGCCAGCGAGGCAAACCACGGCUUGCUCGCCAGCCAGCUCAAGCACACGCUCUUCAACGGCCGCGCUUAG